AUGCAACAACAAGUCUCGAACAAACCAACAAUCUCCUCAACGCAACAAACCAUCAACACCAACAAGCUCUCCAACAACAAAACUCCCCAACGCAACAGCAAAUCUCCAACAAACCAACAAAACUCUUCAACACCAACAAGCUCCCAACGCAACAACAAACUCUCCAACAAACCAACAAGCUCUCCAACACCAACAAGCUCCCCAGUGCGACAACAAGCUUCCAACAAACCAACAAGCUCUCAACACACCAACAAGCUCUCCAACACCCACAACAAACUCUCCAACACACCAACAAGCUCCCACAACGCAACAACAAGCUCUCCAACGCACCAACAAAACUUUCCAACACACCAACAAUCUCCUCAACACACCAACAAGCUCUCCGACACACCAACAAGCUCUUCAACACACCAACAAGCUCUCCGACACCAACAAGCUCUUCAACACGCAACAAAACUCUCCAACACCAACAAGCUCCCAACGCAACAACAAGCUCUCAACGCACCAACAAGUCUCCAACACCAACAAUCUCCUCAACGCACCAACAAAAUCCCCAACACCAACAAGCUCUCCAACACACCAACAAACUCUUCAACACACCAACAAGCUCUCCAACAUACCAACAAGCUCCAACGCAACUAG